AUGCCAAACGAAAAAUAUUUGGGUGUUCGAUCGUAUUAUCAAGAUUCUGUUACGGUGACGAUGAAGGGGUUUGAUAUUUACUUAACGAGAAUUUUGACUGUCUUCACAGCAAUUGAUUUAUCAUCUAACAAAUUUAGUGGAGAUAUUCCAAAUGUGAUCGGAAGGCUUAAUUCUCUCAUAGUGCUUAAUUUAUCUCAUAAUAGCCUUACGGGCCUUAUUCCAUCAUCUUUAGGAGACCUGACAGAGCUUGAAUCACUGGACCUCUCUUCAAACCAGCUUAUUGGGAAAAUUCCUAACCAAUUAAAGAGUUUGACAUUUCUUGAGGUCUUUAACCUUUCAUGGAACCAUCUCGAUGGACCCAUACCGCAAGGUGAACAAUUUGAUACAUUUGGAAAUGAUUCAUACGUUGGGAACUCGGGAUUAUGUGGGUUUCCAUUGUCAAAGGAAUGUAAAGAUAAGCAGGCACAAGUUCAGCCAGGUGUGCUAUUACAACAAGAUGGCUCAAAUUAUGUAAGUGGAUUUACUUGGGAAACCGUGGUGAUGGGGUAUGGCUGUGGACUGGCAUUGGGAUUGGUUCUUGGAUUUCUCAUGUUCUUAACUGGAAAACCAAAAUUGUUUGUAAGAAUUGUUGAAGGGAAAAAGCAUAAAAAGGUGAAAAUGUUGAGGCGAGGUGGCAGAAGAAAUUAG